AUGGAUGCACCCAUCGGUUCCAAGGCGUUCAACGGCAUCGACGAAUACGUCUGGAACCACACCUUCAUCGUCACGACCGAACGCCUCGUCGUCGGGAGAGGUGUCUUGAUCAUGCUCUUUGACCCUCUCGCCGCUCUCCAGUGGAGCGGCAAAGACACCAGCGAAGGGAACGCGCCUGGAUCACCGGGCAAGUCCCUCUCUCCCGGCGACAAUGUCGUCGUGUACGAUGCAACCGUGCGGUUCCAUUGA